AUGCACUCGGAGUCAGAAUCCGGCUACGAGUCCCAGGUCUCGCUGGACGAGCCCAUCACUCCCAUGUUUAAAAAAGACCAUCAUGAUGUACAGCUGCCGGAUAUCACACCAGACGACCGCGUCAUUGCCGUCAUGGGGAUAACAGGUGUCGGGAAAAGCACCUUCAUCUCGCAUUUUAACGAAGACGCCCUUGUAGGCGAUAGCCUGCUCUCCUGCACAACCGAAGUCGGCAUCCACCAAGCCCAAAUAGACAACCAACGGAUCUUCCUGAUCGACACUCCAGGGUUCGACGACACCACGCGGUCCGACACGGACGUGCUGGUCGAGAUCGCCGACUGGCUGCGCUUCUCCUACAACGAGAACAUCAAGCUCGCGGGGAUCAUCUACCUGCACCGCAUCAAGGACGUGCGCAUGGGCGGCGCCUCCAUCCGCAACCUGAUGAUGUUCAAGAAGCUCUGCGGCGAGAAAUGUCUCAGUGGGGUCGUGCUGGCCACGACGAUGUGGAGCAGCCCGCCGUCCGAGAAGGAGGUCCGGCGCGAGAGCCAGCUGCAAUCGGAGCGCAAGUUCUGGGGCGAGAUGAUCGGGCACGGGAGCCGGGUGUUUCGGCAGGAUGAUGGGAUUGCGUCUGCCACGGAGAUUAUCCGGUAUAUCCUGAGCCGGCCGCAGAAUGUGACGCUGCGGAUUCAGGAGGAGAUGGCCAGUGGGAAGUCACUGGGCGAGACGGCCGCAGGGAAGGAGGUGCAGGCGGAGGUGGAGCGGUUGCGGGCUAGGUAUGAGAGACAGCUCAAUGAGCUGCGCAAGGAGAUGCGUGAGGCCGAGCGCAGACAGGAUCUAAAUCAUAAGAAGGAGAUCGAGGCCGUGCGGGCCGAGCUCGAGGAGGAGUUGAAGAGCAGUAAGCAACAGCAAAGCCUACUACGCAUGGACAUCGACGAGCUGCAGAGGGAGCGAGACGCAAUGCACCAGCAGGAGAUGGCGCACCGAGAAGCCAUCGAUCAGCUACGCAGACAACGCGACGCCGAGCGAGAGGAAAUGUACGAAAAGGAAAUGGCGCACAAGGAAGCCCUGCACCAGCGAGACGCCGAUCUGCGGGUGCUGCGAGCCAGAGACGAGUAUGAAGCACGGUUAUUGGAGCUGGAAACGCAAAUGGCGCGAGAGAAAAACCGCCGAGGUGGAUGUGUGAUGAUGUAG